AUAAAUUUUAAUUUCCACAACUCUUUACAAAAAAUGUCUGAAGAACCACAAUUUCAAUCAUUCCUUAAUAAUGACGGUAUUGAUGAAUUAAUCCCUGCUACAAGAAAGCAUAGAGUACUGUCGCUUUCACUUUCUGAUUUGAAUCAAUGGCAAAAUGGUCUCACUAAGCUUUCUUCAUCUACUUCUCUUAAUAGAAACUCUUCCCAGAACUUGAAGAAGGUUGAUUCUCUUGCCAAGCUUUCUAGGAACUCUUCUAUUAUUCGUCGUAAGAAGAAGUCUGUUAUUGAUCAUGUAAGAAUUGCUUCUUAUGCCUUUUGUUUUGAUAUUGAUGGUGUGAUAUUAAGAGGUCCAGAUACAAUCCCCGAGGCUGUAGAAGCCAUGAAACUUUUAAAUGGUGAAAAUAAGUAUAAUAUCCAAGUUCCAUCUAUUUUCGUUACCAAUGGUGGUGGUAAACCUGAAUCACAAAGAUCAGAAGAUCUUAGUAAAAGGUUAAAUUGUACCAUUACUCCAGAUCAAAUCAUUCAAGGUCAUACUCCUAUGAAAGAUUUGGUUCCACUUUAUAAGAAUGUUCUUGUUGUUGGUGGAAUUGGUAACGUUUGUAGAAAUGUUGCUGAAUCUUAUGGUUUUAAGAAUGUUUAUACUCCAUUGGAUAUCUUAAAUUGGAAUCCAGCAGUAUCUCCAUAUCAUGAUUUAACUGAAGAAGAACUUAAAUGUGUUCGUAAAGAUGUUGAUUUCAGUAAGAUUUCAAUUGAUGCUAUUAUGGUUUUUGCUGAUUCUAGAAAUUGGGCAGCUGAUCAACAAAUCAUUUUAGAAUUACUCUUAUCUCAAAAUGGUGUUAUGGGAACUGCUUCAAAAACAUUUGAUGAAGGUCCAGAAAUUUAUUUUGCUCAUUCUGAUUUUAUUUGGGCUACAAAUUAUAAAUUAUCAAGAUAUGGUAUGGGUGCAUUGCAAGUAUCGAUUGCUGCAUUGUAUCGUGAACAUACUGGUCAUGAAUUGAAGGUGAAUAGAUUUGGUAAACCACAAAAGGGUACCUUUAAGUAUGCAAACAAGGUUUUAACUCUGUGGAGACAAGGUGUUCUUGAUGAACAUUUAAAGAAACUUUCUAUUAAUGACCCAAAUGCUGAUGAAGCUGACAUUUUAAUUAAUGAAGAUGGUGAAGAAAUCAUCAAUCAAUCAAAGUUGGAAACUGCUAAAGAUUCUGAAGAUUCUGAAGAUGAUGAAGAUGAAGAUGAUGUUUUGGUUGUAGGGAAAGGAGAAAAAAUUACUCUUCAAUUACCACCUGCUAGUACUGUGUAUUUUGUUGGUGAUACCCCAGAAUCUGAUAUUAGAUUUGCCAAUUCUCAUGAUAACUCGUGGCAUUCCAUUUUGGUAAAGACUGGUGUUUACCAAGAAGGAACUAUUCCAAAAUAUAAGCCAAAACAUUUGUGUAACAAUGUUUUAGAUGCUGUGAAAUAUGCUAUUGAAAGAGAACAUCAACUUGAGUUGGCUGAAUGGAAUGAGACUGCUGAUGAAGAAGCUAGUGAAUUUAAUAGCGAUUCCCGUAAAUCGUCUCGUAUCAACUUUUCAGAUCUUAUGAUGACUCCUUCUGAAAAGCCAGCUGUGGAUAAGGCUAGAAAGGAUUCAAUGCACAAGAUUGGUGAACAUGAAAGUAUUGAGGUUCCAGUUUUAUUAUCGGAACAAAUUGACAAGGUCAAGGACGUUCAAGUUUAAACUAUAUAAACAUAUGAACUAGAGAGUCUAUAGAUAACG